CUCAAAAUUUCAACUAACGAGAAAUUUUAUUGAAAACAUACGUAAAACGACGACUAAACAUUUGGAAAGCAAUCUAAAAAAUAGAUCAAUGGAAAUGAAAACAAGCGGACUUGUUUUGUUUGUGUGUGCUGGCCUUUUACUUAGCGGUGGGGUUAUUCUUAGUGUCUCGACGGCAUGGAACAUCUUCCGGAUGUCCUAUUACUUCUGGACAACUGACCUAGGUGUGGAGCUGGGGUCCAGCGUGCUUAUCAUAUCUGGUGGGCUACUGUGCUUGCCAGUAUGCUGGCUGGCUACCUUAGUUCCUUCCUAUCCUAAGUCAGUACCCAUCUUAUCUACACUAAUGUUGUCGGUGACUGCUGCUCUGAUAGUACUGUCGGCUGGACUGUCUUCAAUGGUAGACUUGUCGAGGGCAGUACGCGACCCAUCUGGUUUGAAUGCCAGCAUGAUGCGAGCUAUGAGCAUGGAGGCUUUGGAUCCAGCUGUUAAAGGAGCAUUUGCAGCAAUGCAAAUCGAGUUAAAAUGUUGCGGAGUGGAGUCCCAUGGUGAUUGGUAUAAUUACCGUCAGACACUUCCGCCGGCUUGUUGCGGACGAAUUUGGACUGGAAAGAUUGGUGAUCAUUGUGACAAACGUACUUAUAUGCCGGGUUGUUUACGUCGAACCCUGGAUGAGUUGAGGUCGUUCGUUAACUCUCUUUCCAUGCUGUGUUGCGCACUCAUAAUCGUUAUGGCGGUAACUCUAUUCGCGACAACCUAUACGCUAGUGAGUAAUGUUGUGGAUAUUACCAACAAAAGUCAACAAUCGCUCCGUAUUGCCUAUCUCUCCGGCAACAUACUGCAGCCAAACCCUACGACCAGCACUAACGUAUUUAGCCCUCCAAGUACCUUGCUCAACCCUCCACCUAACAAUCCGACAGCAAACUUUUAUCCUUCCUUACAAACUCCAUAUAACCAAGGAUAAGCUGCUGAAGUAUUUCGUCUCGCAGGACCAGUAAAAUAUCAGUUUUUUUCUUCGAUUAUGCCUAAAUGAUCAGUAUCAUGUUAAAUUUAUUGUAACUUAUUAUUUGUAUUAAAUGUAUUUUUCAUAA